UGGUCAUCCAACCCUGCUUCUGUGGUACCCAGGAUUUUUGAGGCAUAAGCAUUCUCCAGGGUUGAAGAUGUGGCACACCUUCUACUCCCCAGAGGAGAGGAUGUGGAUACUUCUCUAAGUAGCUCUCUGCUGAACUGUAGCAAAUACAGGUCAAAUUCCUGCCGAGAUGUCCUGUCAGCAGAGCCAGAAGCAGUGCCAGCCUCCUCCCAAGUGCCCCUCCCCAAAGUGCUCCCCAAAGUGCCCCCCAAAGAGCACAGCACAGUGUCUGCCUUCAGCCUCUUCCUGCUGUGCUACAAGCUCUGGGGGCUGCAGUGUCCCCAGCUCUGAGGGAGGCUGCUGCCUGAGCCACCACAGGCGCAGGUCCCACAGAUGCAGGCGCAGGAGCUCCAGUUCCUGUGACCGUGGCAGUGGUCAGCAGUCUGGGGGCUCAGGCUGUGGCCAUAGCUCUGGGGGCUGCUGCUGACCUGGAGCAUGAUGCUGAGACAAGAGAGUUUGGAGUACUGAGUCGUAGUGCCAUGUUGGCUUGUUCUUUCUAAGAUAUCCUAAUCUCUCUUGGGCUCUUCUAAUGGAUUUUCCAAAAGCCUGACUGCUUCUCCUCCUCAUGGCUCCUCAUGAUCCGUGUCUGGCCAUGUAGGUGAAUAAAAUUGUUUCUCAACGUCA